CAACUUGCUCACAUUCCGCAUGCGCGUCGAUUUGAGUUCAGCUCUGACGUUACAGCGGGGGAAGCUCUGCGAUUCACAAGCUGUCUGCAUGCUUCAACCACGGAUCACUACUGUGCAGUCCAAGGUUCGAGAAAUGAUGUUGACGAUAUCGAUAGAAUCGAUCACAACACUGCUCAAAUUCGGAAUAUCCAACCUUGGGAAAUAUAAAGCCAUCAUGGCCCGCUUGAUCUGGGACUCCCAACUUCCCAUGCACUGGACUGAACCAUAAUCCCGAGUAAAACAUCUUGAACACACUCCUGUUCUCUCAAUGUCCUCCUCAGCUGAAUUCUUCCGCAUCCCCGCGGCGGUCAUCCGUCGCACCGCACCGCGUCUCAGUUCCACUCUUGGCCCCCUGGCCAACCGACCGGCCAUCCCAGGGAAACUGGCCGCAAUCUCCCGGGGAAAACUUCAGCGUGAAACUGAAUCUCAAACUCCAGACCUCCGUCGGUGCCUGGGUCACCACCACAUCUUCCGUCGCUGCGUCGCAGCCGAAGAAGAAGACAACGCACGAUAUCGGCGCGAAACAUACGAAGAGGAUGACGACGGAGAAUACUAUCACCACCAUUCUACAAGCCGGCGCGACUCGAACUCCACUCCCAUCCGCACCCAGAUCACCAAGGCUGUCAAAGCUAUGGUGCGGCGUCGCGAUGCCGACAACAACUCCAUGCCCGACAAUGGCCUAGUGCGCAUGUCCUCCAACCGUGCCUCAGAAAAACCACGACCCUCCAUCAAACACAGCCGCCAUCAUAUAUCCAUGUUCGGCUUGCGACGGCUGAUUGCAUCGCAGCAGACGACAUUCCAGCCGCAAGCACAGGCUGUGGCUUGAUGACAUCGAGUCGUAUGAGUCGUGGUCGAACAACUUCAACAACCCGCUGUCACGACUCGACUCGUGAUACACGACAUUUUUCAUUUCCUCAUUUGAAGCGAAGCUUUGUUUAUGUGACGAUCCAUGAAUUAUGAGUAUGAAGUUAUGUUUUGUGAUGUACAAUCAAAUCCUUUGUAUAUAUCCCAGUGUUUACGCCUGGGGAUUGAAAGAUAAUAUCGAGAGAACCAUAUUUC